UGAAAACAACAAUUUGAGAAUCGGGUGAUUUACCUGCUGACAACAACAGCAAAAACAAAACAAAUCAAAAAAAUCCUGUGUCUUUCAAAAUUAAUGACUUAAUCGAUAAUUGAUAAAGUUCAAUGUUGAAUGAUCUCAACUGGUCUUGAUACAAUGUUGAUAGUCAAUCUUGAUUUUGUUGGAGAUUUCAAUGAAUUCAAAACAACCGAUCAAUUUUAUGAACGUUAUCCAUGUAUAUCUAUAUUACCUAGCUCAUUUGUAUCAUCAUUUCAAAAUGUAGAACUAUAUGAUGUAAGAAAAAGUAGAGUUUUACAUGUUAUGCAACAUGAAUAUGCUAUUGUUAAUGCCAAAAACUCCAAUAUUGAUACAAUUAUAACGGAUGAUAUGACAACAUGUGUAGCUGUUAUAUUACGUUCACAUCAUACAUCAGCCAUCUGUCUUUGUCAUGUUGAUCGAAUUGAUCAUAAUGUUGAUACACAAAAAUUUAAAAAAAUCUGUGAACAAAUGUGCGGUAAAAAACAUCAUAGUACUUAUCAUCCAACAAGUACAAUCGAUUAUCGUAAUCAAGAAAUUGCUUUCGAUUUAUUUAUAAUUGGUGGCUAUAAAGAUGAAAGAAACAUAUCCGAUCGAUUAGUUAUUGAUAUUCUAACAAUGUUCAAUCGAAUACGUCCAUAUUUGUUUCAUAUACGUUUGAUUCAUGUUGGUACACAGAAUACAUUAUGGCAACAAAAAUAUCCUGUACCUAAAUUGACCGGUGUAGCUGUUACAGUUAGUAAUUGCCUGAUACGAAAUGCUCUAUUAGCUCGACCAUUGCCAAUUGAUUCACCAAUGGAUCGAUUACCUAUACCAUUGUACAGUAUCCGUCGUAUAUCAAUAUCAUUUAAUAGUUCAUCAGAAUAUAUAUCCAUCUAUAAUUUACAAGAGGAAAAAUUACAGAUACCGGUUUUACAUAUAAAACGUUGUUAUUUUAGUCCUUCGGCAAAAAAAUAUUUUGAAGAAACAUUAAAAUUUAAUGAUCAAGAAAUUUUAAAUCAUUUUUCCACAUCACCAAUGGUAGAACCGGAACAUUUUGUACCUGAAAUGCGUCAAAUAUUUCAAACAUUAUAUAAUCAUCUUUGCCGAUUUGGUUAUGAUUCGAAUGAUCAAUUUGUACAGCAAUAUUUUCCACAAAAACGACCAAGAAUAUUUUCAAUUGAACCUAAUGAUGAUUGUCAACGUUUAAUACAACAAAUGGGUUUAAGAUUUAAUCUUAUCGAAGAAAGAGAAUGUAAAAAAUUGAAUGAAAAUGAAACAACAAUACGUUUAAAAUUUCGUUAUAUUAAUUACAAUGAUGAUGAUGAUAAUAAUGUUGAUGACAUUUCAUCAUCAUCAUCAUCAUCAUUGACAACUAAUAAUCGAUAUUAA